CAGAUAUAGUGAAUGCAGGUUCCGGGGAGACCAGAUAUAGUGAAUGCAGGGUCCGGGAGACCAGAUAUAGUGAAUGCAGGGUCCUGGGAGACCAGAUAUAGUGAAUGCAGGGUCCGGGGAGACGGAUAUAGUGAAUGCAGGGUCCUGAAAGACCAGAUAUAGUGAAUGCAGGGUCCUGGGAGACCGGAUAUAGUGAAUGCAGGGUCCGGGGAGACCGGAUAUAGUGAAUGCAGGGUCCUGGGAGACCAGAUAUAGUGAAUGCAGGGUCCUGGGAGACCGGAUAUAGUGAAUGCAGGGGUCCGGGGAGACCAGAUAUAGUGAAUGCAGGGUCCGGGGAGA